GUUUUAGAAGAACCGCUGGUUCAGAUUCUCGACAAGUGGUUCAAUGAUUGGAAGAAGAAGAACCCAGAAGCCACGCUGCCAUCCGUCUUCACUCUUACCCCGUCUGACCCAGUUUGGCGAAAGCUUGAGGCCACAACAUUCUUUAUGGCCGUCAGCAACACGUUCCGAGAAGCCGGGAAGAUUGUGACAACUAUAGCCAUCCGUCCAUCUAGG